AUGUCAAGAGACGGCGCCUCCAAAAAUCCCUACGCCGAUCGAGGCCUCGACAAAUUCUACGCGCUCCUAGCAGAUCUCGACGAUAAGAAGCAGAAGAUCUACACGCAGAAAGGCUCCGAGGACAUCUCCUCCGUCCGAUUCGUCUACGAUAACGACUCCGACUGCGUUAAACCCAUCGUAAUCAAGGUCAAGGACAGAUCUCCGCCGAAAUCCGCCAAGAAUUUCAAGAGCAACGACGCCGCGCCGGCGGAGACGGAGGCGAAGAGCGAGAAAACGAUGAAGAAGAAGAGAUCGCUGAGAUGCAAGGGGAAUUUUAAGCUGGAGGAUCUGAAACGUCCUCAAUUAUUUUUCCCGGUGAUGGUAGUGCUGAUUCUGCUGUUUCUGGCCAUCUACGGCAGGUCGUUCGCGAUCCUGUGCACGUCGAUUGUGUGGUAUUUGGCUCCGACGAUCAGCGGCACAGCGACAGCGGCGGGUGGUGAGAGAAAGCCGAAGAGGAAGAAGGAAUAUGAGAGGAAAAGGAGCGAGAAGAUGGCGGUGCAUAGUGAGGGGCCUUCUUCACCAAAAACUGUGAUCAAUGGACUUCAGCAUGAUCGUAAGUGCAGUUGGUGA